AUGCCUUCCAAAUCCCAGUCACGCAACCCAUCACCCAAAUCCCCUUCAGGAAGAAGGCCCAAACUCAUGCGCGCCAGUGCGACCGCACCCUCACUGGCAACUUCGAACGCCUCACGCAAUGAUCUCGCGAGUCUGCAGUCAGCAAGAGCAACGACGUUAUUGGAGAGAGUGGCGAGCUACUCUACAGCACAGCAAAAUUAUGAAAGGGAGCAGCAUCGUCAGUCCAUUGGGAGUGUAUGUUCAAGUGGGCAGGGGAGUCCUGGGAGUGUAAAUGGGGAGAGGAAGGAACCAUUUGAGAUUGUGAUUCAGCAGUCUGGCAAUUAUUACAGCUUUCCUAGCUUUGAGGAUUUCCAGGAGUAUCAUCACCAGAGUGAGAGACAUGAGCAUGGUGUUCCUUGA